UAAAUAAUAAUCAUAUCAAAGUGAGAUCUGAAAUCUCAAAUUGAUGAGCUGUGUAGCACUUAUUUUACAAUAAUUAUUAAGAAAAACAAAAAAAUAUAGGAGUGGAUAGAGGUGACUAAUAGGAUAAAGAGACACCACCACCGAGAUUUCAUCAGUAAUGUGAUGUGAUGGAGCGUCAAAAUCCAGUAGCACUAGUCGUAGGAGUGACGGGAAUGGCUGGUCUAAGCCUAGCCGAAGCCUUGAAAGAUUCCAAUUGUCUCGCAGCUCCAUGGAAAGUUUACGGCGCGGCUCGCAGGUUUCCCAACACCUGGUUCCCUCUUUCCAUCCUUGACGCCUUCAUCGCCUUUGACGCCGUUGACUUAGCCGAUACACGCGCCAAGCUAUUACCCAUAGCUCACGAAGUCACCCACCUCUUCUGGCUCACCUUCAAUCAUGACAGAGACGAAGAAGUCAACGUCACUGUCAACAAAUCCAUGCUUCAAAAUGUUCUCACUGUUCUCAAAUCUUCUCCGUCUUCUACUCUGACCCACGUAACGGUCCAAACCGGAACCAAACACUACAUGGGUCCGAUCAAUGAUCCGGUCCGGUCCACCCAGCUAAAAGGCCACGAACCGCCUUUUAACGAAAAUAUGCCUCGACUCCCUUACCCAAUCUUCUACUACGCGCUUGAGGAUCUUGUUGCAUCCUACGCGCCUUCGAUUACAUACUCAAUACACCGCUCCUCUAUCAUAAUCGGCGCGUCACCAAGAAGUGCAAUCAACGCGCUGAUGAUACUAGCGACAUAUGCUGCUAUUUGCCGCCACGUAGGAUUACCGUUUCGGUACCCAGGAAGUAAGUACACGUGGGAGAAUUUCUGUGACAUGACGGAUGCAAGCGUGCUUGCGAAGCAACACGUGUGGGCUGCAGUUACGAAGCAUGCCAAAAACGAAGCGUUUAAUUGCACAAACGGCGACGUUUUUAGUUGGAAGAGUAUGUGGAGGUUGUUGAGCGAUGUAUUUGAUGUUGAGUUUGUGGAGUUGGAUGAGAAGGAUGAGUUUGAUUUGGUUGAGUUGAUGCGUGAUAAAGGUCACGUUUGGGAUAUGAUUGUGGAGAAAUAUGGUCUUCACAAAACUAAAUUGGAUGAAAUUGCUUGCUAUGAAGCUAUGGUGCCUGUUCUACGGUUUGAGUUUCAACAUGUAUCUAGUAUGAAUAAGAGUAAGGAUUAUGGUUUUUUUGGAUACGCUGAUACGUUUAAGAGUAUCAGAUUCUGGGUGAACAAGAUGAAGGAAAUGAAACUCAUACCCACCUACCAACAUUGACCUACAAAUGCAUAAUGUGAUUUUAUUGUGUUGGAUUAAUUAAUAAUAUUGUUUGCUUUUUUAUGUUCUGUUGGUAUUUGUAAUGUAAAAGAGUGAUGUUGGAUUAAUUAAUAAUAUUGUUUGCGGAGCUAUGGUACGAAUAAAAUGGGAUUAAUGUUCUCUUGGUGGAGUUUGCUUAUUACUCAACCAAGCUGGAAGUUAGUUUCUUUAUGUUAAACUAGUUGUAACUAACUUCUUCUCUUUGUAUUGGCUUAUGAAUAUACAGGCUUAGCGAUUUAUGUGA